CCCCCCCCCCGCCGACCUUUUACUUUUCUGUAUUUUUUUUUCAAUGCGCUGUUUCCGCUUAGCGUCUACACACCUUAAUUCCUUAUAAGCUUACCAUAUCGUUUCGACUCGCAAAAGCAGGGGGAAAACAAGAGCUCUAUCGAGUUGUGUUUCAUAUAUCAAGUUUUAAUUCAGAGAACAUUGUCAGGAUGCAUGCAGCUCUCUGGCGCAGCGUUGGCUCAUUGAUGCGCGUUACAAUCGGAAUACGCCCAUCAACACUUACGCUCCUUCCAAACAGUUGGAAGCAAAAUCAGUCAUUACCUAAAGAGCAAUCUAAGCACAAAGAGAAAUGGUAACCUCAAGUCUUUUGAUGAUUUUCGCUUGUUCAUUGAAGCAAGACGAAGAUUAAAUUCAUGGUUUUCACUGUCUGGCAGAGUAACACAGGACUUUGCACGCCAUGGCAUAUUUUUUAUUAUUUUUUCUGUGUCCUGAUAAAGUUGCUUUCAAGUAUAUGUUAUUGUCUUUUCGUCUUCCUUCACCAUAGAAAAAUAUGUGACCAUUUGAUGUUCAUUUUAUAAGAAGAAACAAUAUCUAUCAGCUCUUAAUAUGCAUAUGCCUGUUAUUUCAGAUUUUCAGCCUGGCUGACAUAUGCCAACCGGCCGGAGCUGCUUCAGCUUGCAAGAGAAAAAGUAAACAAGAGCUACAGGCUGUGCUCUAAGCAUUUCACAAGGGACAGCUUCACCAGUGACACCUGCACAAGGCUGACACGUGAAGCUGUCCCUUCAGUGAAAGUGAAGGAGCCUCACCUGAAGGCUCUGGUGCACCCAGGUGAGAAAAAUUCUUUCCCCAGUAGGCACUAUUUAAGAUUAAUCAUGCAAUAACUCUUCUGGCUUUUUAUUUCAGAUUUUUACGAUGAACAGGCGGCACAUGGCUCUGGUUCCACCACAGCACCAAAGCCCACCAUGAGCACUGCAACAACGUUGCUUGGGCACGGGCAUGACUACUGCUUCAUGCCACCUCAAAGUGGAGAGCCAGGGAACAUUCUUUGUGAAGAACCUGCGCUCCAGGAUGAAGACAACCAGUAUGCUGCAAGCAAGUUGCCGUCCCCUGCUGCUGAGACUGCCUCCCCUAGUGUGGAAGCCGCUUCGCCAAGCACACCGACAAGAAGGCCCACACCACCGUCACAGGUUUCACCAAGUGAUGCUGAGCCUGGUCCGAGCGGCCUCCAGUUUUCUAAGGAGGGCAGCAGCGCGGAGCAGACUCAACAAACACCGAAAAGUGGGAAAAGAAAACGCAGCUCUGUGCACACCCCUCGCACGAAAAAGAAGUUGAUAACACUUCACUCACGAAGUGAAAGGUACCGCAAGGCACUCGGUCGGAUGAGAAAAAGGAACGAGGCGAGGCGAGUAACGCAGCAGGAGGCUUUAAACAAGCUUGAACCGGAUUUGCCAAAGGACCUUUUUGAACUGCUUAAAGCACAAAUCAGGCUUGGACGACAAGUUGCGGUAUGCAAUGACUGA